CUGGUUUGAGAAGAGAGAAAAUGUGAAGAAUGCAGAAAUAGGUAGUUGUGUUACAGAUAAUUCAGUAUAGGCACACUUCCCAAAAAAUGAAGAAAACCCAGAAGAUGACACAGCAGAGAAGAACAUUAUUAAAGGAGGGCAAAAAAUGUUGGCAAACAGUAAGCAACAUCACCUGUAUGUUAUGCAUCCUGUGACCCAGAAAAACAAGCAAGUACACAGAGUAGGUUCAACCACCUUCUUGGUUGGAAAGACACCCAAAGGAAUCCGCAGGAGACAAUUUGAGGAAAUGGUAUCCCACUUUAAUAUGGGAUCAGUGGAAGAACUGGCAGAACAUAUUGCAAAAGCUACAUCAGAAACAAGGCAGAAGAUGUUGAAGGAAUUCUAUGUUUCCAAGCAUCCAGAGAUGGAGUCUUUCUUUCCAGUUGAAGUACCAGCUUCACAUGACAAUGAGGAAAGAGAAUUGGGUGCAACACGCUCCAGAAGAAGAAAAUCCAUUGUUAAUUUUGGAAGAUCUAUGUCUAGAUCUUCAUCAGCUAAAGGUCUGAGUGGAACUACAGAAACACAGAGCUGUAAGGGAGAAGUAGAGCAACUUGCAAAAUGUAAACAAUCACCCACUGUUGCUACUCAAUAUAUCGAAAGGAGAAACAGUCAGGCAUUCAAGGAUUUUAUGGCAUCUGGCUCAUUAAGCAGUAAAUCAGAAAUAAUUGAGGUGCUGUCUGUAAAAAGUUGUGAAGGACAGCAGGACUCCAAAGGAACACAGCUGCCAAGAAAAAGAUCCCUGUCUCAGUCAGAAAAUGGGGAGAGAAAAGCUCAGACUUGUAAGAAAAAGUCUUUUUUGGACUUAGUUGGAGAUACCUCUAUUCUCAAUGACCUCUUCAGAAAUGAUGGAGACAGGCCUACAGAAUCACCAAGGAGAUUCCCUUCAGGGCAGGUAGAAAAAUCAAAGGAGAGACCAAAAGACUUCUGGGACAUGCUGAAUGAGCAGAAUGAGGAAAGCCUCAGAAAGCUCAUGGACAUAGCAGUUGUAGAGAAGCUAUGUGAAAGAGCACCUCAUCCCCCAGUGACAGAAGAGAGAGACGUGUAUGAAAGUUCUCUUUGGAAACAAAAUGAAAACUUUCUAUGGAAAAAAUACAGUCCAGAUGAUUCAGAUGAACCAUCCACUGCUACAUCUUGUAAUGUAGUAAAAUGAAAGUUUUCUAUGUGAGUUGAACUAUAAUUAUCUUAGUUAAACAUUAAAAUAUGCACAACUUCAUCAGUGUGCAGCAAAACGUGAUAUCUCCAUGAAAUUAAAGGCAAAGUGAUGAAUUCAGAUUUAUGAUGAUAUGGAUUUACAUUUUACAGAUGUGAAUAUAUAUGUAGUUACAUAUGCAAUAUAUAGUACAUAUGUGCAUAUAUAGUUCAUAGGUACUAUAUAUUAUUGUAAGCAAUGAUAUAUUGAUUUUAAAUUAAACUUUUUAAUGUUCUGAGUG